AUGAAUCGCCUGUUGAACCGGUUCUUUGCAACACCGUCCCAGCAAUCUCCCCACCAGACGCCGUUUGAUUCCGAAGUCGACGUGCUGAUUAUUGGGAGCGGCGCCGCCGGCCUGACGGCAUCCCUGCGCGCGCACUUCCAUGGCCUCGAACCUCUAGUCGUUGAGAAGAAUGGCAAAAUUGGCGGGAGCUCAGCAUACUCUGGGGGUGCAUUAUGGAUUCCUCAGAGCCCGCUCGCCAAAGAGCACGGCAUCCGAGACAGCAAAGCCGACGCGCUGGCGUACAUGGAAACCCUCAUUGGGCACGUUGGACCAGCGUCAACGCGGCAGCGCAAACUCGCGUAUCUGGAGCAAGCACCAUUCAUGAUCGACUUUCUGAGGCAUCAAGGCUUCAGCUGCAGACUCAGCAAAGGAUGCCCCGACUACUACCCCAAAACACCAGGCGCAUUCGCCAAAUUCGGCAGAACCAUCGAGCCCGGCAUCUUUAAUCUCAACAAGCUGGAUCAAUGGCAAACGCUUGUCCGCACAAGACCCCUACAGCCACCGCCCUGUUUCACAGACGAAUUCGCCAGUCUCACAAAAAUGGGCUCAUCUGCCCGCGAUUUCGCCCAAGCGCUCAAGCUUCAAUGCAGAAUACUCUGGCGCAAGGCCGUCGGCCAAGAGCCAGCAACAAUGGGGCUCUCUCUCGUCGCGCAGCUUCUCCAUCUAAAUCAGCAGCGUAAUCUUGCCAUCCGCCGCAACACCGCCCUCAUCGACAUGAUACAGCAGCAAGACGGGGCCGUCGUCGGGGCCACCGUGCAGCAAAACGGCCGGAUCCAAAGCAUCCGAGCCCGACGCGGCGUCCUCCUCUGCGCGGGGGGCUUCGCGCACAACCGCGCCAUGAGAGAGGAGUGCGGCCCGGCGCCGGCCAGCACGGCAUGGACCAGCACGCCUGAGGGCGACACGGGCGACGCCAUCCGGGCGGGCGUGAGACUUGGCGCCGCCACGGCCCUCAUGGACGGCGCGUGGUGGGGACCGACUAUUGUCGAUCCCGUCGCCGGUAAAAACUUGUUUGCGCUGCAGGAGCGCUCGCGCCCGUUUAGUAUUAUUAUUGACUCCUCUGGGUCGCGGUUCAUGAAUGAGUCUGCCGAGUAUACUGCUUGCGGUCGCGGGCAGUACGCUAGAAACCGUGACGUCGAGGCCAUCCCCGCAUGGCUGGUGCUGGAUGCCAACCACCGUAAUCGAUACUCUCUCGGCUGUUUAAGGCCCAGGCAGGAACCAGAGGCUGGUUUAAGAAAGGGGUACAUCUAUAAGGCUGAGACGCUGGGCGCCCUGGCGGCCAAGAUUGGCGUCGACCCGGCCGGGCUGCGGGCGACGGUGUCUCGAUUCAAUGCCAUGGCGAGGGAGGGGGUGGACCGGGACUUUGGCCGCGGGAGCGACGCGUAUGAUAAUUACUUUGGCGAUGGGAAGGUAGGGCCAAAUCCAAACUUGGGCCCGGUGGCCGUGGCCCCCUUUUAUGCGGUUGCCGUUGUGCCGGGGGACUUGGGCACGAAUGGGGGACUGGUUACCGACGAGCAUGCGAGAGUGCUGAGGGCAGAUGGCUCUGUGAUUAAAGGGCUUUAUGCUGCUGGGAAUACGUCUGCCAGCGUCAUGGGCAGGUCGUAUCCUGGGGCUGGAUCGACCCUUGGUCCAGCACUUACCUUUGGUUAUAUAGCUGUGAAUCACAUGGCGAGCGUGUCGACAGAAUAA